GUUCCGAGUCAUCUUUGUCGCGGACAGUAACGCGUGAAUCAGCGGCGAUGUUCGGUGAUACUCCGGUCCCGGGGUGCUCUCUGAGAGCGGGAAAUAUCAGCACUAUAGUCCAGUUCUCCUGUAAAGCCCUGCAGAGUUUGCUCGGACAGCCAGCUGUCAGCUUCGAGGAUGAUGAUGAUGGGGGUGUUUCUUCAUCCUGGACCUUCUAUUGGUCACAGAUGGACUUUCCCCUUCAUAUCAACUUCAUUCAGUAAAAAUAGCAGCACAGAAGCAGCAGCUGUUCAUGAGCGCAGACGUCCAGAGACUGACCGACCGAACACACACUGCUGCUGCUGGAGGAUCAGAGCUCUCAGACACUCAUCUUCAUCUUCAUCAUCAUCGGAGGAAUGGACUUUGUUGCAGGAUGCAUUGGAGGUGCCGCAGGUGUGCUGGUCGGACAUCCGUUUGAUACGGUCAAGGUCAGACUGCAGGUUCAGAGCGUGGACAAGCCUUUAUACCGCGGGACGUAUCACUGCUUCCAGUCCAUCGUCCGCCAGGAAUCGAUGUCCGGCCUCUAUAAGGGCAUCGGCUCGCCCAUGAUGGGCCUGACCUUCAUCAACGCCAUCGUCUUCGGCGUGCAGGGGAACGCCAUGCGCAUGUUGAGCGCGGAUACGCCUCUGCACCAGUUCCUCGCGGGCGCGGCGGCCGGACUCAUCCAGAGCGUGAUCUGCUGCCCGAUGGAGCUGGCCAAGACCCGCAUGCAGAUGCAGGGAACGGGCGAGAAGAGCGCCUCCAGGAAGAUGUACAGGAACUCUCUGGACUGUCUGGUCCGCAUCUACCGCAAGGAAGGUGUCCGAGGAAUAAACCGAGGAAUGGUGACCACCGUCAUCCGCGAGACGCCCGGCUUCGGAAUCUACUUCCUCGCAUACGACACGCUGACGCGAGCGCUGGGCUGCGACGCCGACGACGGAUACAUCAUUCCCAAGCUGCUCCUGGCGGGCGGCAUGUCGGGAAUGGCGUCCUGGAUCUCCACUUAUCCUGUAGACGUCAUUAAGUCCCGCCUCCAGGCGGACGGAGUGGGCGGAGCCAACAGGUACGACGGCAUCAUGGACUGCGUCCGUCAGAGCUUGCGGCGAGAAGGAUGGAGGGCUUUCACUCGAGGCCUGACAUCGACUCUUUUGAGAGCGUUUCCCGUCAACGCCACAACAUUCGCCACCGUCACGCUCUUCCUCAUGUACAUGCGCGAGGAGGAGGAUGAUGGUGUGAAGGACUGCGAAUCCAUGCAGCCCAACCUGCAGCACAGCAGCCUGUGACUCAAAGAUCUGAAGAAAGACUUGAAUCUUCUUGAGAUGGAAACCACAGAUUUACUGCCCCGAUAAACCUCCUCCUGACUCCAGACUCUGUCUAAUAAAGAGAGAAAAGGUCAGGCUGAACAAUGACCUUACAUGAUCUUCACCUCUUUGUGUUUAAUGGACCGCGCCGCUGAAUUAUUGGGAUGAAUGAGUCUCCGCUGGGUUCGAGGAUUCCCAGAUCAGCAUCUGAUGCUGAUGAGGGACCAGAGCGACGUACCGAAGGAGAUUUGGAUGUCAACGAUGGGACAUUUUAAAACUCUUAACAUGGCUUAAAGACCAAACUCAGUAAAUUCAUUAAUAAAGCAUACCAUGUACAGACGAGCACAUGAGCCCAGAAUAUGAACACAACGCGUUUAUUUAGGUGUUUUCCUCCCAUAUAACUGUGAUGAGGAAAACACUUAAAGUGGCUUAAGACACUGUUUUUGAAAGACAAAACUCCAUUAACAAUAUUAUUUAUAAAGCAUACUAUAUACAGACAAGCAGAGCCCAUAAUAAAACACUGUUUUAAUGCAUCCACGUUGAUGUUUUCUAUGUGAAGAGAAUGCUUAACGCGUUAUUAAACGCACUGCGUUCGUGUCCUGGACUCAUCUGCUUGUCUGAACAUAGUAUGAUUUAUUAAUAACCUGUUUACAGAGUUUGGUCUUAUAAAAACACUGUCUUAACUCAUUAAGCCACGUUAAGCGUUUAACGAUGCAACAGCAUGCGACUGGGCCAGAACUGUUAAGGGGACAACUCUGUACCUUAUUUAAACCUAAAAAGUGAAUAUUAUAGAAGUCCUAAGGCUUUCAAGGUCGUGGCUUCAGUUCCCAGGAAAAGCAACAGCUGAUGAAAUGUAAAUGUGUACUUUGAAUGCUUUAGAUAAAAGUGUCUGCCAAAUGCAUAAAUGUAAAUAUUAGUACCUUAGAAAAGCAAUAUGUGCUCUUAAAGUACUAAUAUGCACUUUUUAGGGGUAAAUAAUGUGCAAAGUUCUGUUGCAGUGACAAGCUGCUGCAACCCUAUAAGUACAAUUUUUGCACAUUUGUUUCUGAAAGUGCGUGUUGUGUUUUAAAAAAACACAGGUACAAAGUUUGAGACUUUCCAUUUAAACAAAAAAAAAAAGUAAACCUUAAAUGCAAAGAUAAUAUAAAAAGUAAAUUUCACGAUUUUAAUCCUGAUUAGUGAAACUAGAUGAAUGCAGGUCACAUGGUUCUACAUGUUUACAUUCAGAGGCAUUUAGUAAUUGUUAUUUAAUCUUUACAUGCACCUUAAACACGUGACGAGCUCCUGAUAUGACUGUAAUUGACAUAUUCCUGUAUAUACGAUAUAUGUGCAUCAUUUGUUGUCGUUCUCCUGUAUUUUUAUGAAUGUAAAUACUACGAGGGGUUUCAUAGACGGAUGAUUGUUGACUGAUCAGUUUCUGAUUCAUGAAGCUCAAGGAAACACGCGUUGCACACAGAUCAACAGUCACACACACACCUUCUUCCCUUCAACAUUCAAUAAAUAUGGAAACACAUUCAG